CCCAUCUCGAUCCCAUCUCCAUAUCUCUCUCCAACCACAUCCCGCGAUCUAAUCUCAUCGCACCGGAAUUACCCCCCGCCGCCAUGACAACGCCAUUACCUGAGAUCGGCUUUUUUCUCCAUUCUUUUGCCUCACAUCGGUGUUGCCACUGGGCACCCGCCGCUGAAAUGCUUUAUCUUCCCCCUCAACUUCCCCAGAUUUGCCCUCUAAUCUCUGAUGACAAAACUCUUCCCUUCCCGCUCCAUCAUGCUAGUGCAAUUGACUCCUCCCUCCCACGCCGUCUUCCCCUCAAACGACCUCCUCCUCCUCCCCCCUCUCCCUCCACUUUCCCCUUACUAACCCCGACCCUCCGAUCGCCGCUGACAGCGGAGAGAGUGCUCACACGACUUCAUCACCAUCCGACGUUGCCCAUCACCGAUCGCGGAUCUCCUCCUGCCUCUCGAGAGGGCGUAUAUCGAGUCCUCCCUUCCAUCUCCGAAUUCCCUGCUCGUCUUCACACCCCUCACUGCUCGAAUCACAGCCGUUGUGAUCCGUCCACUCAGGCACCAUCACGAUGCAUGGUGGUCCCGAAUCCAUCGGCGAGGUGACCUCCGCCUCGCACCACAAGGCCUCCACGGACAUCAAGACCAGCCCGUCCAUACACUCGGGGGAUGAUGAGAAGCAUGAAUUGCAGGAGCAGGUUUCGGCGCCGAAGCUGCAGAGGAGGCUGAAGGCGAGGCAUCUCCAGAUGAUUGCUAUUGGAGGAACAAUCGGAACAGGCCUCUUCAUCGGUAGUGGUGGAGCCAUCGCAAAGUCGGGACCAGCAGGCGCACUCAUCGCAUACAUCUUCGUCGGCACGGUCGUGUACAGCGUCAUGAUGUCACUAGGCGAGCUGGCCACACACAUUCCCAUUUCCGGUGCUUUCACGGCAUAUGCUUCUCGUUUCGUUGACCCUAGCAUCGGUUUCGCGAUGGGCUGGAUCUACUUCUUCUCGUGGGCUAUCACCUUCGCGCUGGAGCUGAACGUGACGGGACUGAUCAUCCAGUACUGGGACCCCUCCCUCUCGAUCGGUAUCUUCAUCGCUGUCUUCUGGGUCUUCAUUGUUGCCUGUAACAUGAUGCCCGUCAGUUUCUAUGGCGAGUUUGAGUUCUGGUUCUCCAUGGUCAAGGUCAUCACCGUCAUCGGCUUCCUCAUCUUCGGCAUCUGCAUUGAUGCCGGUGCAGGCAAGGAGGGCUACCUCGGCUUCAGGUACUGGAAAGACCCCGGCGCAUUCGCCUCAUACCUCCUUCCAGAGUCGAACCCCGUAUCCAAGUUCGUCGGCUUCUGGGCCGUGCUCGUGCAAGCUGGUUUCUCGUACCAGGGCACGGAACUCGUUGGUAUCGCCGCCGGCGAGACCGAGAACCCGCGCAAGAACGUACCGUCCGCGAUCCGCAAGACCUUCUGGCGUAUCCUCUUCUUCUUCGUCUUCACCGUCUUCUUCAUCGGCCUGCUGGUGCCGUACACCAAUGAGCGCCUGAUGUCCUCCGCCUCCGACGCCACCGCCUCCCCCUUCGUCAUUGCGGCCGACUUGGCCGGCGUCAAGGUCCUCCCAGGCCUCAUCAACGCUGUCCUCCUCUUCGUCGUCCUCUCCGCCGCAAACUCCAACGUGUACUCUGGUUCCCGUAUUCUCGUCGGACUCGCGCACGACGGCUCGGCCCCGAAAUUUUUCGCCCGCGCCUCCGCCCGCGGCGUCCCCUACUACGCCGUCAUCUUCACCUCCGUAUUCGGCUUCCUCGCCUUCCUCAACCUCUCCUCCGGGGCGUCGACCGUCUUCGAGUGGCUCCUCAACAUCAGCGCCGUCGCGGGUUUCAUCACGUGGGCCAGCAUCGGAGCCUCGCACAUCUGCUUCAUGCGCGCGCUGAAGGCGCAGGGCGUGUCGCGCGACACGCUCCCGUACCGCGCGCCGUGGCAGCCGUGGUACGCGUGGUACGGGCUGUUCUUCAACGUGCUGAUCUGCAUCACGCAGGGCUUUACGGCAUUCAUGCCGUGGGAUGUGACGCAGUUCUUCGUGGCGUAUGUGAGCUUGAUUCUCUUCGUGGUGCUGUUUGUGGGACACAAGGUUAUCACGAGGUCCAAGUGGGUUAGGUCUGCGGAGGCGGAUAUUCUGACUGGCAGCUUGGCGUGCGAGGAUGAGGAGUGGGAGAGCAUUGCGCCGACGACGCUUUGGGGGAAGUUUUGGGAGUGGGUUGUGUAGGUGGCUGCGUGCUGUGUGGUACGCUGUUGGUAUGGGUGUGUUGUGGGUGUGUUGUGGUCGUUGGGAUGAGGUGAAGGUAACACAUUUUUGAUGUCGAGAGACUUGAGCAUUGAUGUCGAGAGACUUGCAACCGUUUUGAUGUCGAGAGACUUGUUGUUUUGAUGUCGAGAGACUUUGUCGUUUUGAUGUCGAGAGACUUUAACAGCGCCCGGGCAAACGGACAAAUGGCAUUCGGAACGGUAUAUGGAUCGGUUACACGGUAUGGUGCAUGGGUAUGGGUAUGGGACAUGGGACAUGGGACAGGAAACGGGAAAGGGGGAAAUAUUUGUGACGUCGAGAGACUUUCCAGCACUGAUGUCGAGAGACUUUCGUUUACCCCUUGCAUAUAGCGUUUGUAGUCAUGUCGAGAGGCUUCUUGGGAUGGGGGGUGUGGUGUUUGAUGUGAGAGGCUUUUCUGUGGUGGGAUGGAUGGCGGGUACACAUAUAUGAUGGAUUGUCGGCGGAAGGUGAUGUGACGUGUGCGAUCUAGAGCGAUUUUUGAGUUGUAUUUUUUUUAUAUAGCGGGCAUACACGAAUAGAAAUAGAAAAGCUGUAUUAUAUA